GUUGAUAUAGAUCAAUAUUAUCAUGAGAAAAAAAGUGUUAUAAGUAAAUAAAUAAAUAAUCUUUCUAAUAUUUCACUAUUUGUCAUAUCUAACGUUGAUUAAUUCUAAUACUCGAAAAAACAAAAUGAUUCAUUGUCUAAAAUAUUUGAGCCUUUAUAAGCCUCAUUUAAGCCUUUAUAACUAUUAUAGGCGAAGUUUCAUCCCAUACGACCUUUGGUUUAGUAUUAUCGUUCUGUAAUAAUACCGUCGUAAUAUCGUUAGUUGCGACAGCUGCAAACAAUGAUUUUUCUACUCUUCGUCCGAUUUAAUUCCGCUUGUUCAAUUUCAUUAGUUCCUUAAUUUAAGAAAGAUGCGCUGCUAUGAAUUUUCAUGAUAGCUUGCAACAGAUAAAAUGAUGUGACGUGUGUCAAAUUUUUAAUCGAAUAUAUCUUGAAAUUAUUAACAAUCUAUAUGAAACUUGCAGUGCAAAGAUAGCACCGAAAGAAAUAGCAUUAUCGCAUGGCACUUCAGGUUUCAAUAUCUUGGCAAUAAAGCUAUUUUGUAUUGUAACCCUUUAGAGGAGAUAAUUAGGGAAAUCACACAAAACUAUUUACGAUGACUGGCUCUUGGAUACCAAUGAAGAUUAUCCAUCACAAAGCAAACGAUACAUGGGCUUAGUAAAUGCCGUUUAUUGCUGGCCCUCCGUGAAAGUACUCUACUGUAUUGUUUUCUCCAUGAACCUGGCUGGCCUUUUAGCCGUCAUUCUGGCCAUUUUCUGGGCCGUACGAUUCGAAAGAGGCUUUGCCGAUUACCUGAAUCUUAUCACCCCUGGAUGGUCAUACGACGAAUUUUUUAGAAUUCGCUUUUUUUUUUUAUUGUCUGGGUUAACGAGCGGAUCACGACGAGCAGGUGACGGUCACGUGUGGACCGCGAUCAUCGUGUCUGCUGGCGUUUGCUGUUCCCCUGCCUAUAUCCUGGGAAUUAAGUGCUGGCUCUACCUGAAACUAGAACCAGCUAGAAACGAUUUAGAGGAUCAACACAAAGUAGACGACAACGUAGAUCCUCACGAUGUGAAUCGGCUUCUAUUCUUCCACGUGAUUGCCUGUCUGCUGUCAGGAUUCUUGGUAGCUAUUCUAAAUGCCACUUACUUGAUUCUGUUGAGCGGAUUUCAGCAAAAAAGCCGCGAUGGCUUGAUAGAAGCCAUGGAGAAAUAUGGAAUUGACGUCGCUGUGAAGGCGAGGGUAGACGCUCUUCAAACCGAACUCGAAUGUUGCGGGGAUAAUAGUUACGAAGAUUGGUUUCGAAUUCCGUGGCUGAAACUGUCGAUGGAGGGACCCGAGGAUAUGGAGAACGGUCCUCGACUGGAAGGGCAGUGGGUAUAAUCGAACCAAUUACCAUUUAUUAUUGUUAAUAACAAGAAUUAAAUGGUUAGUGACCAUCGUGCACGCUAGUGUAGAAAAGGAAACAAAGUGUUAGCAAUAAAUAUGAGAAAUGGUUAAAAGGAUAAUCGAGGAACUUUCUGAGAAAAUGAACUACGAAAUUACAUCGUGAAUUGAGGAAAUUGCACUUUAAUACUAGUUUCUAAAUAGCAACUACGUUUAAUUAUCGAUAAUUAUAGUGGUCUUGAAGAAUUUUUUCUUGCUUUAUAUUUACAGAAUAAAUACGAACAUAGCGCUUCACUCGGCACCUAUGAAUGUGUUUACCAUGUGGCUCCUAAAUAUUUUUUCAGAAUGUUCCUUAAAAUAUGAUGAUUGUCGAACGAUUUUAGGAGAACGUAGAUAAUCCCGUUUAAUCUCAGCUUUACCCAUUUACUUUUGUCUGUUUUAAAAGGAGGUAUUAGCAUUUUUAGUAAGUUCUCUUAAUCUAUCUUAAUGCUUGAAUGCAUUGAUUGUGUGAUAAAGAUCAGUACCAGAAGAGCGAGAAGAAGAAACUUCCACGCCCGUGGAUGUACCUUUCUCCUGUUGUUCCAAUGACAUUCCGAAACCUUGUGUUCAUCACGAUAUUCUCAGCCCCAGUGCCGUCUACAACUACGAUCCUAAACAUUUAACCAUCUCCACUAAUGGGUGCAGAUCGAAGAUUAUAAGUCGAGGUGAAGUUAUCAAAACGUACUUGACAGGAUAUCUUGCUCUUUUAUCCCUAUAUCAGGUAAUUUUGUCGUACGUGUCUCGAUUAUUGCAAACAGCCUAUAGCAACGAGCUGUACAUAGGACCUCAGAAGACUCGUUACCACGUCUGGAUAUUCUUCAAGCCGGAAGAUUUACCUGGAAACGAGCGAAGAAGCGAGCGAAUGCGUCCUCAGAGAAAACGAUCGAAACUAAAGUUAGCCUCUACGUUCUCGAAAGGUUGGGACGAGAAGGAAACGAGUUCUCAGCGUCGUAAAAACAGGAAGGGAAGCAUGAAAGUUUUAACGAAUAUUCGUUCGAAAAUCUCCUCCGUUAAAUCGAAAAGCCUACCUACUAUUAGACCUACUUUCUUUUCUAACAAUUCUCGAGGAAAGAAACGAAGCGCGCAACGGUUGAGAGAGAUCGGCGAGGAAGAAGAUGAGCAACCGGAAGAAGAAACGAGACUUCUGUCAGAACAUAAAACGAGAUCUGAGAUUGUUAUGAAAAAAGAUCAUCUCUCUGUUUUUUCAUUAUUAUCGGACGAUUCCUCGACGAAUUUACCGCCGCCGCCGCCGCCACCUCCACCUCCUUUUGUACUAAAUCUUGAUGUAGAAGACGAAGAGGAAGAUCAACUUCUUUCCGAAAUCGUGCCUUCAAAGUCCUCCAAUAUAACAAAAGUUAAUGUACCAUCGAUACAAAACGUAAUUACAAAUCAGAACUCUGGCAGACGCAUAAAAGUAUUAGAAAAAUUUGGUCAAAUCUGGGAACGUAUUGAUAGAGGCACUCAGCAUAGGGAAAGCGGAGGAGCAGAUAUUUCGAGUAGCAAUUUGAGAUACGAUUGUUCAAGAAGCGAAGUUCGUACAAGGCUAAGUUCAACGGACGUUUACAAUAGAUUCCGUGGUACUCUUCAGCACACUCUGGCUAGAAGAGAGGCCAUUAGAGCUCGAAAUGGAUCGACAAAACUUUAUAGUCCCAAAAGUCGGAUGAAACUGGAAAUCAGAAGAAGCAAUAUUCUAGCUAGGAUACGAAGCAAAAAUGUUCCUCCUUCUUAUCGUUUACUGGCAGAUUUCGAGCUCCACACAAGACCAAUUUUUCAACCACAUCCGAUACAAUUGUCUGUUCCUCCUCUUCCAUCAUCUCCACCUCUUUCACUUCUUCCUCCACUUCCACCUCCACCUCUUUCUCUUCCUCCUCCACCUCCACCUCCACCUCCGCCUCCGCCUCUACCUCCAUUUUCUUCGCCAAAUCCGAUCAAAUGGAGCAGAAAUUCAGAGAGAAUUUGUGAAACAAAGGCAUUACCGCGAGAACAACGCCAAUGCAGCAUUUGCAAUCGUCCAGUCGAGCAAAGCCCCAGCUCUUCUUCUCGCGAAUCUCUCGUCGAAGUUCGUAAGGAUGCUCGAACAUUUUCUGCUUCAGCUCGAAGAAAAGCUCGCGCCACGUUCUCGCGGCAUAGGGAGUUUCUAAGAGGAGAUUACGCGUCUUGGAAUCGAUCUACUCCCGUUUCUAAAUCCGUCCAACGUAGAUAACUCGAUUCUUCAACUGAUUCUCUGUAAACUGUUGCCGUAGUAAUCAGUAAUGAUCAUGAUUGGAAGCGAGUUGGAUGUAAAAAUGUAAAUAUAAGUAGAAAAGAAUAGAGAAUAGAAAAACGAUACCUGGCAGUGUCACUGAAGAUGAGAAUCCAAGGUAGAAGAAACAGCAGUCAUACAAUACUUGAUGGUUUAUUUGCCGAGAAGUAAAAUACAUAGGCAUUUGUUAUAAUAGUACUGCCGAAGAAUACUUCUUACGUUUCUGUAAUACAUCUAGCGACAAUACAUCAGUACUAAAAAGAGAAAAGCUGAUUUUUUCAUCAAUUUGUCUGUUUACCAAAUACUUUACAAUGUUCGCGUACUUUCCCUCUAUCUUUCGCCAUCCUUAUGUUUUUUCUUUUUUUUUUCAUUAUUUUUCAGUAUUUUUUCUUUUUUACGUUUGUUCUAACUUCUUUGUCAGGCUUCGUGGUUUACUCUACUGAAUAUUCGCGAUUUCUCGUCUCGUUUUUAUCGUCGCUUCGAAGAAUCGGAAAGCGGCCGGCAACGACGAGGUGUUCGACGUUCGUCGUAGUCGAAAAACAAAAGAAAUUAACAGCGUCGAGCUUUGUGGUACUCGUCGCGCCGUAGUCGUUUUCAUCUCGGCACCUUGCACUUUUGCACGGUGGUCCCAAUUUGUGUUAAUAAUCGCGAUCGUACUCUUGUUAUUGCAAACGUUAGACGUCGGUGCACGCAGUUCUCAUUGUCUCGCUUUACAAUACCGCUCUAUACCGCAAUAACUUCGUCAGGAGACAGUCGAAAGAUAAAUUUCGAACGACAAGUUUCGCACGAAACUUCUCCUUUCUUAAAGAUCGACUCGAGAAAAAUUGCACGCAACCACCGUAAACUUUACGAAUACGUCAACCAAAUAGAACAAUGCAUCAACAGCGAAUCUUCGAAUCGGUUGCACACGAUCUUUCGCGAGCUUUCGCCUCUCUCCGUCUCUUCUUCUUUUUUUUUUUUUUUUUUUGUUUUGUGGUCGCUGCUCUCACAGUUUUCCAUUUUAUAAGAAAACUGCUGUUCAAUUAAUCGGUUUAUAAUUUCAUCUCGUUCACUCGAUCUCUCAUUCACACCGUAAACCAUUUCCCUUUUCCGCAGGCUACUUCGUCUAUUUUGACCUAUCUACGCGUCUAUCUACUUAAAUCUGCGUGUUCUAUACAAUUCUGUGAAUAUUUAAAAUUACGCGUACCACAUAGACCUAUAACAGGUUCGAUAUGAGUUACUCGUUUCAGAUACGAGGGAUUAUUUUGUAAAAUAGGUACAUAAUAUAAUUCUUCGAAUAGGCGGUGAUAAAUGUUAACGACGAAGUAACAAUACAAUAUUGCUCGAUUCCGUAUUGUAUAAUAUAUAUAUAAUAUUUAUGAUAAUAUAACAACAUUAUCCGCUCGCAAAUAAAGUAGAUUCUUUCGCUCUCUUUUUCCUCUCGUUUUUUCGUUUUUUUUUUUUUCUCUAUUUUAGAGGUCUACAUAAGAAGGGGGCUCACCGCGCUCGUUCCGUAAAUAUAUGCAUGUAAUAUGUUUGUAUCGUAUUUAUAUUUAUAUAUAUAUAUAUAAUCUAUAUAUAUAUAUAUAUAUAUAUAUUUAUACCUAUUUAUAAUCGUUCGUAUAUCUUUCCUCUGACAAAGUAAAUAAUUACGAUAGGCCUAACGAUCUCGAGUAACAAUCAUAAUCAUUAUCAUCAUCAAAUAUCACACACUUGCUCUCUAAUAUUACUUCCUCUCUCUCCCUCUCAUACAUCCAUUUGCUCUGUUCCUUCGUUCACCAAAUUUCCCUUAACAUUCUCUCUUUUAUUCCUCUUAGUACGUUCGUCCGGCGAAGCGUCCAAGAAUUUUUGCAAGCCACCGAUCAUAACUGCAUUACUACGUUAAUGAGAAAAGUAAACAAACAAGCGAAAUCGAAAGGAAUUACUCGUAAUAUAUCCCCUUCCUUCUUUUUGUGCUCCAUUCUUAAUACAACGCGCGACUCGACGGCGAUACCCUUUACAAUGUUUAUACAAUAUCGUUAUAUAUAUAUAUAUAUAUAUAUAUAUAUAUAUAUAUAUAUAUAUAUAUAU